GAAAGUUUUUAUUUUGUCUUACAAUAUGCUUAUUAUCAUAUGGCUUCCAGUCCUUAGAAGUUCACAACGAUAAUAUUCCCCUGUAUUUUCCCCCUGAGAGCUCGUAUAUAAUUGUUCCGGAAGGAGAGCAGGUUUUGCUUCCUUGCAAAACAAACGUCCUUUCAGAGGCAAUAACAUCUUGGUACAAAGAUGAUCUCAAAAUUGCGGAAAAUCUUACUUUUACUUUUCGGCUUCAGUCAGCUAAUCGUGAAGAUGCAGGAUACUAUCACUGUGUUAUAAGGACGGCCCACGGGGGAAUUCGUAGCAGGAAGGUGAAGUUAGAAAUUGGCUAUCUUGAUCCACCAUCUGAAAUCAAAUCACGUUCAUUUACUGAAGUAACUUUAGAUCAUGCUGUUAUAAUUUGGCCCGGUUCACUAAAUCAUGAUCAGAGCAAGCGAUCAUUUCAACUGGAAAGACGAAAUGGUUUAUGGAAAUCAGUAUUCAGCUCAAUAAACGAAACAAACAAAGCUAUAACUUCUUCGUACUAUUUACAAGCAGUACCAUUUCCACAAGCUAUAUGGACUAUAAAUAAUGCCCCACUACCUAGCACAUUAAAUAUUUUUGUAAGUCAGUUGGAACAAGCUAUAAUAUUACUUAAUGUUGGUAAAGAAAUGGAUUCAAAGGUGAUCAGGGCACGACUGAUCAACGGCUAUGGUCGAGUGAACAAUGAAGUAUUCAGUCAAACACAUAUAAUUCAAGUGAAAGAUCCGCCUGUAAAUAUGACCGCCAGUUCUUUAGACCUAGUCUUACCUCCAAAAGAUGUAUCAAUUACUUUAAAAGAUGAUCAGCCAGCAACAGCCGUUUUUGAAUGUGUAUUUAAUGCAAGACCUUCUCAUGCAUUAAGAGUUCAAUGGUUUAAAAGAGUGUUGAAUGGUAAACGUGAACUUAUCAAUCCAUCAAAUGUUACUCCAUUAUUAGCAAAACAAUCAACCAAUCAUAAUUCAAGUAUCAAUGAUCAAACUAUUUAUCAGUUUGAUACAUCAGGUUUAAACCGAACUUUAAUUAUUAGUAAUAUAUUACCGAGUGUUAUUCCUUCCGAUUAUUUUCAACAAAUCAAUGUAAAAGAAAUUUAUUUCGAAGAAUAUACAUGUCAUGCUUAUUUAGAUGAUUACAAUAGGAAUAAUGUAUUUGAUAUGAAUAAAUUCAUGUUAGAUGAUUCUCAGUUUACAACAUCAAUCUUAUCCUCCUCUUUGUGGCCUUCUACAACUUCUACGAUUAAUAUUUAUCAAAGUGUCAGUCCUAUUUCAACUACAGCUAGAUUAAAAUUAUAUCUACCGCCGAAAAUUCAUUUUCCAUCGAAUUUGAAUGCGAACAGUUUGACAAGUCAAUUUCAAAUUAUUCCGAAAUAUAAUAAAUUAAUUAUCAUUGAAACAAGCGCCAGUAUGACUGUUCAAUUACCGUGUGAAUUAGAUCAUUUCGGUAUACCGAAAGCUGAAGUUAAAUGGUUAAGAAAUGGUGAAUCAAUUGAUAUGCUUGAACAAGAAUAUUACGAAAUUCAUGCCAAUAACAGUUUACUGAUUAAAAAUUUGAAAUUAACGGAUGCUGGUAUUUUUCAAUGUUAUGCUUAUAAUGAUGUGGAUGAAGAUUUUCUAAAUAUUUGGUUAAAAGUAACAUCGUUUGCUCCAAGAUUAUGUAAUUCGGAAACCGGUAUAGAGAAUAUCACAGUAUUAACAGAAUCGACGACAGUUCUAACUUGCCCUAUUCAUGGAGCACCAACACCUGAAUUUAAAUGGUAUAAAGAAACCAAUGAAAAUGAAUGGACACCAAUUGAUCAAUUAUAUCGAAAUUUAAAUCAUUCAUCAAUUGAAACAAAACAAAACAAUUUAGUUGACCAAAAUGUUACCGGAGUAAAUUUAAUGAACGAUCAAUUCAAAUCUCCAAAACAAUUAUCUAAUUCAUGUGUAUCAUUUGGUUCAAAUGAAUUGAAAAUUGAUCAUGUCGAUUAUAAAUCAACUGGUCGAUAUAAAUGUGAAGCAGUGAAUUAUUUAGGCAAUGAAUCUGCUUUUAUAAAUGUUCAUGUUUAUGCUCGUACUGUACCUGUUCAUAAUUUACCAAGUUCAAUAACAGCAUUCGCAAAUCAAAGUUUAUCAUUAAUGUGCUCAUUUCAUAUUGAUCAACAUACACUUGCUGAAAUUAAUUGGUAUCAUGGAAGAAAAGAAUUUACUCUGUCUGGUGAAAAACACCAACAACACAAAAAUACCAUGAUACAUCGUAAAACAAGCAAACCGAAUACAAAAGUAAUUACAAAUUACAAUCUUGUCAAAUCUAUACCAAUAGAUCCAGUUAUUACUUCUUUUUCACGUGAAGUUCCACAAAAGUACAAAACACCAAUUGGACUAAAAGAGUAUGGAUCAAUUUUACACGUUACCAAUGUGAAUGAAUUGCAUCAAGGUUAUUAUAUUUGUGAAAUCCUAUCACCCAGUGGUAAUUAUACACUUAAAACGGAAUUAAAAGUUAUUUCACUUCCAUUAACACCGAUCAAUUUGUCUGUCAUCAAUGAAUUGGAAGUUAAUAAUAACUAUGAUCAUAAUAAUGACAUCAGAAGAGUUCAACUAACAUGGAAACAGCCACAAACAACCGAUCAGCUCAAAAUAACACAUUAUGCAAUUUUCAUUCAUAAACUAUUCAAUCAACAUAGUUUUGGGAAAAAAAAUUGUGAAAUAAUAAUGGAUGAAGAAUGGAAACUAUUCAGUAUGAUAAAUUUAAAUGAAACCACAAAGAAUACAAGCACUGAUUAUUACGUAUAUACAAUGAAUGAUUCAGUGAUGUUUCAGGCUGGUUCAUACUGUAUCAGUGUAUCUUCAGUAAAUUUCCUAGGCUGGAGUUCGAAAUCCAAUGCUGUUUUGUAUUCAGUGUCACGUAUACCUAAAAUAAUAUUCGAUAAAAUUAGCAUAAAAUUAUAUCUGAUCAAUGUUACAAGUACAUCUAUGCAUGUUAUCUGGGUGACAACAUUGCAAACUAAUAAAUUUCCAUUAUCUUUCAUCAAAGAAUAUCAGUUAUACUAUUGGAUUGAGAAUAGUGAUUUUGUAGAAGUGAAAAAAUGUUCCAAUUUAAACAAUUUUUUACAACAUACGGAGUUGACAUAUUUAAAAUCAUCAAAGAGAUAUCAUUUGAAAAUUGCAGCAUGUAAUAAUUAUGAAUGUGGACCGUUCUCUGAAGUUCUUCAAAUUCAAACUCUUCCACAUGAAUCACUUAAAACACCGUCAAUUAUAUCUGUUAUUGUACAUGAAAACAAACAAGUGGAAAUAUCAUUUGUCAGUGAUUACAUAGAGAGAAGUGAUUAUUACAUUGAACAAAUGAAAGGUUAUCUAAUUAAAUUAUCUUGCAUUGAUCCACCUGGUUGUUUCGAUGUACAGAUAUAUUUGCCUAUAGAAUGUGUCACGGACAGGGACAAUUUUUCCGACAACCAUUUUAGUGUUAACCAAGAUAACGAAAAUGAUAACCAUCCUUGUAAUGAAUUAAAUCAGUCUGAAAAUUCUACUUUCUUGCACAGUGUAAAUAUGAAUAGAAGCAACCGUCGAAUAUCACUUGUCUUAAAUUCCCUUAGUCCAUAUACUUUAUACGAAUUGUUUGUUGCUUAUGUAUAUCCACAUCGAAUUGGUCCGUUCAGUAAACCAGCCGAAGUAUUUCGUACUAAUGAAGAUGUUCCUUCUCGGAUUACAAAUUUAGUGGUUAAUACUGACGGAAGUGAUGGUCUUAUUGUUGAAUGGGAUGCACCAGAAAAUCCAAACGGAAAAAUAUUACAGUACAUACUACAUUAUACUGAGAUAAAACCUAUUGAUUUAUCAGCGGAUAGUUAUCGUCUGUAUCGUAAUAAAGAAAAUGCCUAUCACACACCAAUGAUCGAUAUGAAUCAAGGAUGGCUCAACCGUAGCACUAACUAUGAUCAUGAUAUUUACUACCGAGAGAAACAAUCAAUUUUUCGCUUUCAUCCAAUCAAUCAUCUGCCAUCAUCUACAACAGAUUCUAAUUACAAUUCUAUGCCAACUCCAAUGAAUAAUGACAAUCGAAACUAUGCUGGUUAUUAUAGUUUAAAUGAAAGCACUCAUCGUCUGCAUAUCGAAUCAUUAAUUCAUGAACAACAGAUUUAUCAAAUAAGAAUGUUUGCAUUGAAUAAAGCUGGUUUAAGUUCAGUUAGUUUACAAUUAGGCUUUACAUCUUCAUCAUCAACAUCAGCAUCAUUGUUACCAAUGUCCAAAUAUAAACAUUCAUCUACAGAGAAAAUAUUUAUGCAAUGGAUUAAUUUAAUUCAUUUAAAUAAACAUGAAGAGAAAUUAUUCCAAUGGUUGAAUAAUACACGAAUUGAAUUUACAAGUGAACCAAUGGUUUUGAAUGUGAAUGCUCAUGAUGCAGAAUUUUUAAUCGAAUUCGAUCUAAAAUUAGACGAUAACGUUUCAAAUUCAAUUCAUUCAAAUGCAUCUUCACCAGUUGUCGGUGAUUUCGCCCGAAUAAUAAAAUUAAUUGAAAAAUGUAAGUGGCCAAUUAGAGUACAACAAACUCCUUUGAAUGGUUAUCAAGCUGUCAAUGGUAAUAAUCAUAUAAAUUCAUGGAAUUGGCAAAUCAUUACAGCGCAUAAAUACAAUACUAGUCAAGCAGAAUCAAAUAAAUUUGAUGUUAAUCAACGUGUUCACUUAUCGUUAUCAUUUAAAUUACUCAAUUUACAUAGUUAUCAUUAUUAUCGAAUAGAAGUUUGGCAACCGAUUGGUUUACUUUUUGGUAAUUACAAACAAAUAACUAGUAAAAGUUUAUUGCAUUCGAAUUCAUCGAAAUGGUUUAAAAUUCAAUGUCAAUCGCCAACUGUGUCACCAUCAUUGAUAUCUACUUAUAUGUUGAAUUUAAAUCAAAUGAAAAUUAUUUGGCAGCCUCUUGCUCCAGAAGAAUGGAAUGGAAUUCCAAGCGGUUAUUUAAUUACAGUUCAGAAAGCUGAAACCAAACAUGCACUUCAUUUGAUGACAACUUAUCCUAAUCCCAACCAUAAGUAUCAUACAAAUGAAACAGUCAAUAUUCAAGUUAUUCAAGGAAAAUGUGGUUUAGACUAUUUACAAAUAUUUAUUAAUGAUAGUACAGCUUUCUCAUAUAUUAUCGAGGAUCUAGAACCCGAUAAAGAUUAUGCAGUAGGUAUACGUGCUGUAAGUGUAGAAAACGAAAAUUCAGACAAAUGGUUAUUGGGUCCACAAACUGUUACUCAAGCUUUAUCAGUUUAUAAAUAUGCAAAAGAUAAGGAAGAUAUAAAAUUUCUAACUUGGAUGCGAACUUUAAAAUUUAUUCCAUACAAUUUGAAAGUUUUGCGUGAAGCAGAUUACAUAGUCAUGAAAUGGAAAGAGAGUCUUAAAGUCGAAUGCGGACAUUUGCCAAGUUAUCAACUAAUCUUCAACAAAAUAUGGUUUAAUGAAACAUUUCACAGUGACGAUGAUGUCAACUAUGUAAAAUUUAUUUCAUUCAAUGAUACAAAUUUAAAUCGCAGUAAAACUUUACAGUCUACUGAUUCAUUUUAUGAAAAUAUCUUGAAACUUCCAUUGAAUACGCUUUUGGAUUCAAGUGAAAUGUGUUAUUUUAAUGGAAUUUUGAAAUUUCAAUUAAAUGUAAUUGGUCAACCGAUAAAGGAAAACACUGAACAGGCUAUAGUUUAUGUAAAUCUUGAAGAAGAGAAAAUUAAACAUCGUUUAUUACUGCGUAAAAUUAUUCCAAUGUCAAAACAGAAAAAAGCUCGUGUAUUAAUUAGUUGGAUACCAAAUACGUUAACUAGAAAUUUAAUAUUUCCCUAUACAAAUCUAUUCAUUUUACAAUGGACACGAAUUGAUCCUAUAACCUAUGCGAAUUUAAGUUUACCAUUAACAAAAUUAAUUAGUUGGCCAAAUGUAAAUAAUCUUAUUAAAACAAUGAAAUUAUCGGAAAUUACAUUAUUGAAACAGCAACAACAACAACAACACCAACAUCAAUAUUCAGAAUAUUUAAUUGUUAUCGACGAACUAUUCAUGGAGUCAACUUAUUUAUUUGAAUUAAUCAAAUUAAACUCGAAUCAAACAAUGAAUGCUUCUGUACAUGAUGAGAAUUUAUAUUGUUCAAGUAAAGCUGAAUUAUUAGUUUAUGUAACAACUGUUGAAUUAUCUCAAACACUACCACGACAACGUCCGAUAUCACCUAAAAUACAAAUAUCAGAGGAUAAUUUCAUGCAGAAACAAUAUAAAAAUACAAUAUGUCCUAUUGUUACAGCUCAUCUGUCUUGGCCAAAUUAUCUACGUCAUUUACAAACAAAUCAAACAGCUGAAUAUGGUUCCGGAUUAAUGUAUACAUCUCCUGUGACAAAUUAUACUUUACAGUAUGCAGAAAUAAUGAAUAAUUAUUUCAAUGAAAAUAAUUAUGGUUCUAUUAGAUGGAAAACAUAUCAACCAUCACCACAAGUUGAUGAAGUGAAUGAUUUCGUAGUAGAUAGGCUACAACCACAUAAAAUGUACAUUUUUCGUCUAGCUGCUCAAACUGAUGCUGGAGUAAGUCCUUUCAGUCCACAAACUGAUAUUUUGGUAACGAAUCCACAAAGACCAUGUUAUAGUCCGCUUAAACUGGAAUUUGAGUUUAGAUCACAAUUGUACCCUGAAAUAUCACAACAUACUAGUCAUAUCUCAAAUAGAAAAAGGGAGAUUGUAACCCAGAAAUAUUGUGAAUAUAUAUUGUUAAAGUGGAAAGUAUUGAGUGAUCGUUUAUGGAAUAGUCAACCUGCUUGGUAUCAUAUUACUUAUCAAUUAUGGUCAAUAGACUAUCAAAUGGCAAAUACUCAACUGUUCAACUUAUUUGUAAAACAUGACAAAAACAACAUAAACAAUUCAUAUUUACAUGUAGAAUUAAAAAAUUUAAUGCCAAGAAAGUAUUAUUUAAUUUCAAUCAAGGCUAUCAAUGAUUAUAGUACAACUAGUUUAUUCUCUUCUAUGGUACAAGCAUCAUCAUCUAUAUUAAUUCACAGUGGGAUUGGAUGCGGUAAUCCUAUGGAAUUACAAAAUAUUCCGAUGAAACAAAUGAUUAUGUCAUCAAUCAUGCACAUGAACACAGUGAAUUAUCCUGUAUUACUAAGUAAAUCAUUAUUAAGUCCAAGGGAGUUUUUCUGUUUAUCUGAUCAAAUUCAAGUAUUGAUUAAAUGUACCUGGGAUUUUAAUGAAUUUCAAAGUAUUUUAGGAUUUAUUUUAGAAGUACAUGAAUUUGGUGAUAGAAAUUAUAAGCUUUCUUAUGAUUCCAUUAAAACCUAUUCAAUUUUCAUUAAACCACAUGUACAUGAUAUUCUAUUAUAUUCUGUCUCAAGUAUCAUUCAAUCAAAUGUGAUUAUGUCGGAUCAAACAAUUAUUAAACCAUAUUUCUAUUAUAAAUUGUCAAUUCAUGUGAUAACAGCUGGUGGACAUGGACCAAAAGUAUAUUUUCCACGAUUUAAUGAUCAACAGACACAAAUCGAUACAAAUGUAAAAUCACAUAAUUCAACAGAAAAUGUUUGUUUAUCUGGUGAAUUGAUUUGUACAGCUCAAUCACCACCAAACUCUCCAUUUCACUUAACAUCUCAGUGGUUAUCACGGGAUAAAAUUAAACUUGAUUGGUUACACCCGGAACAACUAAAUGGAAAACUUGUAAAUUAUCGUGUUACAUACAAUGAGAUUAUUUUUCAAUUUACUGAUAAUCAAAUUAUAGGUGAAAUCAAAGACUCAAUCAAUAACAAGAACUUGGGACUACAGUCCACAAUGAAACUCAAAGCAUUUGAAACAACUUAUACGGUAGAUCAGUUACAUGAAAAUACUACUUACCUAUUCAAAGUUGAAGCUCGAACAGAAUCCAAACAAAAUGAUGGUUGGAGUAGACCAACUUGUAUUUAUGUGUCAACAAGUUAUUGUUGGUUUAAUUCACCACAAGUAAUCAGAGUUAAUUCACAAUCUACAUGUGACUUCACCACUUUAAUCAAAACAAUAUAUCCAAACGUUGAAAAUUUGUGUUCAUUCAACUCACCAAUAUUACGUCGUCCCAUAGUAUUUAUCAGUAGUAUAACUAAGACUGCAUCGAAUCAAAACUUUCAGAAUCUGUCAAAGAAUUCAUUACAGAAACUUCAUAGCCACAAAGAAACAAACUUAAAUUAUUCAUCAACUAUCAUUACAAUUCUAUGGAAUGAAGCUGUGUUUGGACUCAAUUCUAUUACGCAUAUACUGAUUGAAAUACGUUAUUCAUGGAACUUAAACCAUUGGUAUCCUUUCAUAAUGAUAAACAAUUCAAUGAAAUCUUAUACAUUUGAUUUAGAAGAUUUCACAGAAUUUUCAGCCGACUUACGAAAUGAUUUAAAGCAUUCAAACAAAAAUAUCAAUACUCAAGCGAAAUCACAAACAACAAUUAGUGAAAUUAAUCAAGAAGUGACAAAACAAAUGAUAACAGCUGCAUUUACUAAUGCUAAUGUACCGACAGAUUCUACAAAACAUGUAGCUAUUCAGUUUCGUGUAUCUCCUGUUAAUCGAUUUCAAAUAGGUCUACCUAGCCAAGAAUCGGAUUGGAGUGUUAUAAAAUUAAAAAUAAAUUUAACACCAUUUUCUUAUCAUUGGUGGUUGAUAAUCCUGUUAGGAUUAUGUGCUACUUUGAUUGUCUGCAUUUUAUUGAUUAUUUUGAAAUGGAAUAUGCACAACAGGAAGCAGAUCAAUAAAUCAACAUUUGUCACUGGAAACAUUGAUUCCAAUGUGUCGAAAUCUAGUACAUUUAUAAGUCAGUGUUGUUUCACACCUAAAACAAGUCAUCCACACUUUAACCCAAACAUAAUGAAUAAUAAUCUACAACCAACUGGCAAGAUAUAUGAGUAUCCAAAUAUGAUUAAUUCAAGUUAUCAUAAACCAGAAACACCUGUAACCGUUGAAUUAUUGACAGGAAUACAUCAUCAUCUGGAGAAUGCGAAUAUGACAAUUCAAAAUUACAAUCAAACUAAACCUUUUAAUCUUAUUUUAAAUAAUCAUAAUUGGGAUAGUUUAAACAAUAAAACAACUCCAGAAAUUUUGAUUACACAUACAGAUAGUACCACUGAUAGUAAUGCAUUAAGUAAUAGAACAAUUAGUACAAAUGAAAUAGAACGAUUUGAUGAUUAUAAUAAUGGUGUAACAAGUCAAAAACUGAUCAACUCGAAUCAAUCAAUAAAUCCUGAAAUAAAUAAUCCUACUCAUCUAACUUACAAUUUUCCAGCAUUGCAUUCACCUCAAAAUAGGCAAGCGAUUACAGAUUCAAGUAAUUCUAUCAAUAAUAAAAUAUUGAUCAAUCAAAACUCGCCCAGUUCGAACAAUUCAAACCGGCUAUGUAUUGAUCAGUUGUCAGCAUCCUACUUUUGCUCAUCUUUACAAAAUGAACGCACAGUAUUAAACCAGAAUAAUGUAUAUCAUUUCGAUGCCAACAGAACCGUGGACUACAGUGAGUCAACAACACCACUUAUUCAAACCAUUAAUUCUUUACCAUCUGUUCAACAUGAAUGGGAUACAGAUUAUUUACGUGGACCAAUGUAUCCUGAACAAAGAUUUUAUGAUGUAGGAUUUCCAGCAAUUCAAAAUUAUUCUACUAGUCAGAAAUUUAUGAAUGCUAUCAAUAAUAAUUUAUCAGUGACUAGUGACGCUUCAUUCAAUUUGAUGCCAUCCAUCCCAAAUAAUCACAGCAUUAAUAAUCAUUUUCACUUAAUGAAUUGCAAUGGAGAAAAUCAUAUCAUGUCGAAAUCACAUAUGGACACUUAUGAACCAGGAACUCCGAAUUGUAUGAAGUAUAACAGUUUACAGAGAAAAUCUUAUAACAGAAAUUCUGUAACUAAUGAUUAUAAUGGAUUUAGAACAUUUGAAGGAACUAUGGAACCACACGCUAUUCCAGUAGAGAAUUCAUAUCCUAAUCACAAUCAAUCAUUAUUGCAUCACAAUGAACAGCGGCGUCAUGAACUAGAAUUCAAUUUGCAUUUAUUACCUGAUCAUUUAACAUUGAACAGUCAAUCAAAUCAAAAAUCAAUACGUCACUCCCUGAUCAAUAAAACGCCGUAUACUUAUUCAACCAGAACUCAUAAUAAUAGUACAGUCCAAGUGAAUGGAGAUUUUCAGUUCGCGAAUGCAAAACAUUUAAUUAAACAAGAGAAUAUGCAUCAAUUUCAUUCACCUUAUACAAAUAAUGAUUUAUCCUUUAGCAAUUACAAUCCUACAAUGAAUGGUACUCAAAAAAACGAUCAAGACAAUUUAUCGAAUUGCGAUGAAAAUUCAGAGUUUCGCUUUACAAACGAAUUAGAAUUGUUAACAUCCACCGAGGUUUGAUCAUCAUGAGUUAGGAGAGAUAGUGAUAAUUUUUUUUAAUUCUCUGUAUCAGUUUGAACUGACCUAAUCAUUAUUAAUUCACUAUGCUGUCUAUUUUCUUUGCUAAUAAAUUUUAUGAAGGAAAAGAAAGCCUACAUGAAUAAUAACAUUAGUAAUAAUAAUAAUAAUAAUAAUA